AUGGUAAACAAGCGCAUUAAUAAUUAUGGUAAUAGACAAACGAAUGUCAACCGUGAACGAAAUAAUAAUGCUCAAGAAGAAAGUAGCCGUGGUCGUGGUCGUGGUCGAGGAGGCAGAGGAAGUAGAGGUGGCGGCAGCAGAGGUGGCGCUCAGAGAAUCAAUACCACAGUAUCGCAUGAAGAAGCUACGAGGAGAGAAAAUAACCAAAAAGAAUUAAUGAAUAAAAAUUUUGUAUCUUCGUCCUUGUCAUUGGAAGACAGUGAAGCGAUUCUUCCAAUGAAACACGGUGAAGAACUAAAAGAUUAUUGGAGAAAAGCUAUUCACCGACCUUUAACGACUCAACGACACAUCAGACAAUUUAUAGGUUCGUGUAUUAUCGCUGCGGAUCAGAAAGACGUAGAAAUUGAUGAUCUGGUGGUAAAAUUGGGAAUGGAUGAGGGAUUAGAUCGGAUCCGUGAAAUCUUGAAGUUUCCAGUAUCAGCUGAUGCUGGAACUUUUCCAAAAUUGGCAUCAUUCCAAAGAGUUACUCUGCUAUUUUUCGCCUUACUUACUCGAAAGGCAAUUGCGCGUUGUACUUUUGAAAGACAGCUUAACGCGAUUUUUUCCCUGUUAUACGUCAAUUAUGACGAUUUCAUUGUCGAACAAGUCAUGACGGUCUUUGAAGAACUCUUGAGACGAAAGAGUUUGGAAGAUCAAUCAAUGCCUUCUGAAAAGAUUUUAGAAACCGAAAGUGAUUCGAUUGUUGUUGCAUCCUUCUAUCAACCUUUUAUGCUUAUUGGGAAAUUGCUUAAGGAACUACUACGUCGAUUCAAAGAGGCGUCUGUCAAUGAAUCGGUGCAACGUACUGUGCAGCGAUUGGAUAGUGCUAGAUUGAUUUGGGAAGAAUCGAUUCAGAAGAAUGAAAAUGUCUACAAUGAUUCUUUAGCCUCCCAAGAAGACAAACAUUAUGCACUAGAAAUUUUAGAAAAUGAUUUUACAUAUCUUAAAAAAAUGCUGAAUAUUAAUCCAAUUAAGGAUGAAAAAAAAGAAAAAAAACCUCCGCGAAAAUCGGUAUUACGCGCGGGGAUGAUCGCGUAUCAAAAAGCAAGAUUCGAUCCGCCAGGAAAUCUAUCUGAGCAUGGACCGCGUCAUGAUAACGAUUUUGAAAAUAUUAGCGAAAUCUCUAUUAUUCCGACUCAAAACGAAAUCAUUUCCGAUACACGUGACCCCUUUCUACCGUUUUGCGAUCCGAAUUUGCCGCAUUUUCUUCCUGCUGGAAUUGAGAGACUAUUGGACACAAAUUUUAGACUUUUGAGGGAAGACAUGUUGAAUCCGAUUCGUCUUGGAAUAAAAAACUUUCUUGAAUACCUUUCCAAAAAUGAAAAAAAAGAAGGAAAAAAAUCUCGUUUCGAGAAUGGGAGAUUCAAAUACGAUACUGGGAUGGAUAAUGGAGAUUUAAUUGUAUACAGUAAUGUUCGAUUUAUCGACAUUAUUGUUGAUCAUCGUCGCGGAUUCUCCACUCGCGUCUCAUUCGCAGCUCCAAAAAUCAGAGGGGCGAAAUCAAAAAGGGAUCGUAAAGAGUAUUGGAGUAAGGCAAAGAAAUUGAUGAAUGGAAGUAUGGUUUGUUUGCUUUGGCCAACUGUGACCGAACUUGAUGCAAAUGUGGAUGAUAAAAAAUUCACACAUAAACUAUUCUUUGGAACUGUAAUUGAUCGUGAUGAAGAUAGAUUAGCAAAGAAUGAAAAUUGGGUUGAAAUUGACAUUAAUUUCAUAGAUCCCUCCAUUUACCCUCUCAUGCUUGAAGAUAUUUCCAAAAAAGAUUAUUCAAAUCCGAAUAUUGCUACUGGGAAAUAUAUUGUUGAAUCAACCGGCGUAUACCUCGAAUCGUAUUAUCACGUGUUAAAAAGACUUCAGACCACAAAUCCAUCAGAAUUCCCGUUCGAAAAGUAUUUGACACCAAUUGAAUCAGAUGAGACACAUAAUCAAUUCAUAUCUCCGCCGCUAUAUGCUCGUGCUCCUCAACAUGAAUUUAUUCUUUCUCGCACAAAAAGAUGUAAUCAUGUUCCAUCUCCGAUUUCACUCAAAGUCAAUGAUAUUAAAUCGCAAGAACAAUGCAUAGAACAAUUAAAGGCGGCUGGCCAUGUAGAUGAAACCCAAGCUAAAUCUAUCGUGGAAUCUUUAUCACGUGAAAUCGCAUUAAUUGAAGGACCACCUGGAACUGGGAAAUCGUAUGUUGGCGUGGAAAUCGUUGAAAUUCUCCUCACCAAUAAAAUUUACCCAAUUCUUGUCAUAUGUUAUACAAAUCACGCGUUGGAUCAAUUUUUGGAGGAUAUUCUUGAUCGGGGCAUCGAAAAAAUGGUACGAUUGGGAAGUCGAUCAAAAAGCGAAAGAAUCCAGCAAUUUAGCAUAGAGGAAAUUGCGCGUUCUAGCGCCAGAAGUCCAUCGGCUCGACAUCUUCUAUAUUUAGCAUAUAAAGACCUUGAAAGCAUAGAAGAAAAAAUUGAUGAUGUCAAAAAGCGUCUAAUGCGACCUAAUCUUUAUUGGAAUGAUGUUAAACAGAUACUAUAUACAGACUAUCCGAACCUCUAUAGACAAUUUAUAGAAAAAAAUAAAGAAUUUGAUGAUGGAUGGGAUAAAAAUGUCAAAAACAGUUUUGAUUACUGGACUCAAUAUCAUGACAUUAAACUGGGAGAACGGAUGAAAGAAGGGAUUAUUAACAAGAUAGAUACGAAUAACGUUGCGCAUAAUAAUAUUUACGAUCUUCUGAUUAGCGACGAUACUGAUGAUGAUAUCGAGAACAUGAACAAUGAAGAGGAAAUUUAUUGGAAAAAUUGGGAGCCACCGCAAGGAAAUCGGGAUAUUGAUGAAUUGUUGCACGCAGUUGAUUUAUGGCAAAUGUCGAAAGAUGAGCGAAAAAAAAUAUUAAAGCAUUUGAAAGUACAGAUUUUCAAUGAUUCUAUUGAAAUUCUUCAAGAUUUUCAGACCCGUCAUGAAGAAAAAAGAAAAGAGCUUGAAAGUAUAUACGAUGAGACACGUCGACAAAUUCUUGAAAGUAACCAGAUUAUCGGAAUGACGACCUCAGGUGCAGCGAAAUUCCAAUCAAUUAUUGCUUCAAUUGGUCCUCGAGUCAUUAUUUGCGAAGAAGCUGGCGAAGUUCUUGAGUCUCAUAUAUUGAGUUCUUUGACACCUGCUACUCAACAUUUGAUAAUGAUUGGUGAUCAUUUACAACUACGUCCCCAUAUUGCAACCUAUUAUUUAGAUAUGGACUCUGAUGUUGGAAAAAAUUACCAGUUGAAUAAAUCACUUUUUGAAAGACUUGUUCAUGGCGAUAACGCGAUGAAAUUACCAAUGUCGCAGUUAACGACUCAGCGUCGUAUGAGGCCGGAGAUUGCUGAAUUAGUUCGUAAAACAUUAUAUCCGGCGUUACAAGAUGCACCAACAACAACCAAAUAUCCCAAAGUAUCUGGUGUACAGCAUAAUGUCUUUUUCCUGGAUCACCAUCAUCCCGAAGACAAAUCGGGCUCGAAUCAAUUAGCUAUGCAGUCUCACUCGAAUACGGAUGCAUUGAAGCGCUCUCACAUGACAGUUGUGAUUGAUGAGCGUGAUGAACAGGCCAUUGAAGAUUUAGAUGAUGAGGAAAAUGGGAAUGAAAACGAUGAAGAUAACAAAAAAUUCACGAAGAUGAAUACUUAUGCUGCGAAAAGAUCUUUACAACAACAAGUGAUUUUGAGAACUGUGGACAAUUUCCAAGGCGAGGAAGCGAAAAUUGUAAUCGUAUCACUUGUUCGAAACUCAGCAAAUGUGAAGGACGUAAAGCAAGCAAACAUUGGUUUUGUGAAAUCUAAAAAUCGAACAAACGUGUUACUAUCACGUGCAAAACAUGGUAUGUUUCUUCUUGGAGACGCCGAAUUGUUUCAUCUUAAAUCGCCAAUGUGGAAAGAAGUAAUUGAGAUCCUGCGUCAGCGAAACCAAGUUGGAAAAGAAUUUCCAGUGGUGUGUGAGCAGCAUCCAAAUUACAAAAAUUAUAUUUCCGAGCCUGAAGGCUUUGGUGAGGUAUCUCCAGAUGGAGGAUGCAUGGAACCAUGCCAGUUCCAACUUCCUUGUGGUCAUCAAUGUCCAUAUAAGUGCCAUGCUGACGAUAGGGAACACAUUGGUGUAUUUUGUCAGAAGCCAUGCGUCAAGCUUCAUGUCGAAUGUCAACAUCCUUGCCAGUUACGAUGCGGGGAUGAAUGUGGAUUAUGCAGAUUAAAAGUCGAUAAUAUAACUCUACAAUGUGGUCAUAUAUAUUCCAAACCGCUUUGUUUUGAAGCACAAAAACCAGAAAGUUUGAAAUGUCACGUAUUGGUGAAUCGUAAACUUAUUCACUGUGAACAUGAAAUGAACAUGCAUUGCUUUGAAGAUGUUAAAACAAGCAAAUGUCCCAGUGUAUGUGGCGAGAUUUUGGAAUGCGGACACGAAUGCAGGUCAGUAUGUGAUGAUUGCCAAAAAAGAACAAUUCGAGCGAAUAAUGUCAAUCCAGAAUUGGAUAAUGUAACGCCCAUGCCUAUAAAGAGAACUAAUCACGCAAAAAGAUGUCAACAAGUUUGUGGAAGGAACCUCUACUGUGGCCACACAUGUGAAAAAACUUGUCACGAGGGUCAACCAUGUCCUCCUGUUUGCGCGGAGCCUUGUGAUUGGAAAUGCGUACACCAAGGAGAAUGCCCGUUAACAUGUGGUGCUCCGUGUAAUCGACUUCCAUGUAAUGAACGUUGUGAAAAAAAAUUGGAAUGUGGACAUCAAUGUCCAGGCAUCUGCGGAGAUAUUUGUCCCUCAAAAGAAUUUUGUCCUAUUUGCGCAGCCGAUAAUGUAAAGUCGCAAGUUGUGGACCUAAUUAUGCAAGAAACGUUUGAAGAAGUGGAUUGGAACGAAGAACGAUUGGUGGUGUUGAAUUGUGGCCAUUGUUUCACCAUGGAAACAAUGGACGGAAUUAUGGAAAUAGAUUCGUUUUAUACCAGUAAAAUUAAAAACGGUAAAAUCGAAUGGAGUAAAACAAAUGAACUACCUUCUAAACAUACAGAAGUAAAAGUCUGCCCCUCUUGUAGAGGAGGAAUUAAUUCUCGUCGAUAUGGUCGUAUAAUAAAAAAAUCAACAUUGAAUCUUCAAACGAAAAAAUUUUUGCAAAAAUAUGAAAAAGAUAUAGAAACUCUCGAAGAUAAUCUGGAAAAUUCAAUUAGAACAGCCGAUCAGGAUAGGGAAAAGUUUCUGAACAAAAUGGUAGAAACACUCAAAAAACACAAUGCGCAAGAAAUAAAAAAGGACGGUUUAAUCGUAAAAAUCAAGGACAAAGAAGAAAUUUCAGAGUUGACUCCGUUAAAUAAAUUUAUAGAAAUAUUGGAAUAUGGAAUACCUAAAUCCCAACAGGCUUUAUGGAAUAGACACAUUAAAAAAUUUAUUUGGACGUAUAGAGAUUUGUCAUUGACUAUUCUUGCAUCGAAAAAUCCCCCAUACAAAAAAGCCUACGAAGCAGCCGUGGCGAAUUUAUAUCGGAAAAAAACUGAAGCCGAAACCGAAGACGACUUAGAACGGGACCUAUUAGCACGCUUUGAAGCAUUGAGUUUCACCCCGAAUGAUUCCAUCAAGAAGUUUGAGGAGACACUCAAUGAAGUGAAGAUCAGACCAAAGGUUGACAAAAAAAUAUAUCUGUAUGCUUUUACAGUAAUUGUUAAUAUUCAAAAAGCAUUAUUCCAAGAAAGUUGCAAGGUUUUGGAAAAAUUGAAACCGUUGGCGGGUUCAUCUUGGGAAGGUUGGAAAAUUUUCAGCUUAAGAAUUCUGGAAUCAACUGGUUCGCAUAUAGAGAAUAUAAUGAAGGUCGCUGAGGAAACGAAGCAUAAUCGCACUUAUGUGCUCGCUGGAAUUCAGCAUGCAAACUUAGCAUAUCAAAUCGGAAAAUUUAGGGUCUCAUAUUCGAAUGAGAUUACUGAGUCGUUAGUAAAAGAUAUCGAAAACUACUGUGACAUCAUCAAGAAAAAACUCUACAGUCUAAGAAUCGAAGUAUCCCGACUGAAUGCAGCGCAUCUCGAAUCACAAUGUCAUGAAACGAUUGAAAAUCUACUAAAUGAUGUCGAAGAGUUAAUAAAAGCUGUAAAAGCUAGGACACAAAUAACAAAAGAGGAAAAAUUGGCGAUUUUCCGCGCGAUGAAAAAUGAAUUUCAGGGAUCUGGUCAUUGGUAUGAAUGCCCGAAUGGUCAUCCCUACUCAAUUGGUGAUUGUGGUGGUGCUGUGGUAGAGUCAACAUGUCCAGAGUGUGGUGCGACAAUUGGCGGGACUGGUCAUAGACUUAUAGGUGACAAUCGUCAAAAUGCAGAGUUUGAAUCGUUAAUUUGA